GAGUCCAGGAGCUUGGAUCACACAGCUCCGACUGCUGCAUCCUUGGAGCUGCAACAGUUAUUUUUGUACAAGGAGAGGCUUGAGAAGAACAAGAAAGGGAGAGAGUGGGGUUUCUGCUGAGAAGCCGGUACUGAAGGCAAAGCAGGCAGAGAGCCGGGGUUCAGAGGGGGGAAGAAACAUACAGGGAGAGAUAUAGAGACUGAAGACUAAAUAUUGAGCCAUCGCUCUCCCCCGAGUAAUAACCUCGCUCCAUCCUGCCCCCACCUCCCUUCACUGCACCUUUCCACAACACGGAACCUGAGACAGAGGGUUCGUGGUCGGUGCUUGCAUCCAGAAGGCUGAACUCACCAUGGUCCAGCAACCUACAGUCACCAGGGCUGAAUCACACUACACUGGGGAGUGAGUCUUUCAGAAGCACCCCAGUCUUCUGUCUGUGAAAGAAAGAUGCCUUUGGCCAUUACAGAGGCUAACAUCUUGAGCCCCAGUUCCAGCCCCAGCUCCAGCUCCAGCUCCAGCUCUGGCCUUAUCCCAACCAACACUUUCUUCCCGGGCUCAACAGCACCUGGAGAUGGCCAGGACAACAGCUCCUCCGGGACAACCCCUGUGACCGUUCCCAUGACCAUGACCACGGUGGCCAACGAGACUGCCUACAACUCCACCAAGCUCCCAGAGGUGGCAGUCGGGGGAUCCAGCAUGGGCAUGAUGCUAGUGCCUUUUGGCAUUAUCACAGUCAUUGGUCUGGCUGUAGUCAUGAUGCUGUAUAUCAGGAAAAGAAAGAGGUUAGAGAAACUGAGGCACCAGCUCAUGCCCAUGUACAACUUUGACCCGGCCGAGGAGCAGGAUGAGCUGGAGCAGGAGCUUUUGGACCAUAGCAGGGAAGGAGCUGGAACUGGAGCAGGUUCCAAGACUCUGACACCCAGCCAGGGAACGACACAGAAGCCGAGCCGACUGGUGUUUACCGAUGUGGCCAACGCUAUCAAUGCCUGAUGCUACCUUUGGUCACAUGUGGACGGGGGACAGGGAGGAGAAAGGGUUUGUCUGAGGGCAGGGCUGGAUCCUCCUAAAUGUAUGGGUAUUACAUGAGGGUUAGCAAUGGGAGGGUGUGAGAUCUGAUUUUAAGGCUGUAGGACUCAUUAAGGGCAUUUCUGGUUAUGUCAUGGUCUUAUGUUUGAAGAUCCCAAGCAGCUACUGUUCCAGACACCAGGAAGGAUACAGCUGGAGAGAUGAGAAAUCUUCAUGUAACAUAGGUACUGGUUUAAUAUCAAGCAUACGUGUCACGGCUUGCAUUUUGUUUUAAUUUUUGUUUAAAGGCUUUUCUUCAGCUGCAUUAUUUUCUGGUAUUUGCUGCAAGGAAGUUUUUGUGGCUUUAUCACAAAGCACAGAGUACUAAAACAAGAAUGGUACAGAACAUUUCAUAAAUGAGAUGUGACAGGACCUGACAUCCAAAGUUAGUGGUAGAAACUGUCUCUAACCCAGGAUCUGCUGUCCAGUCAUGGGUGGAAAGGGAAUCCUUAGCAUGUAAUUAAUACAAACCCUCCUGCUCCUUGGAGCCCUUCAGCUGGUUCUUGGAGUAGCAGCCCAGCAUUUGGUAAGUGCUAUGCUACUAUGGGGCACUAAGGAGGGUUUUUUUCUCUCUCUCUCAGCACUAAUGAUUCAUCACUGGUGCUAUUUAUCAUCUCACUGCCUAUGUGUUUGUUGAGGGCCCAAAAGGCAAUGCAGCUUAAUUCUGCUGGUAAUGUUUGGGUUGAUCCAUUGACCAAAAAAAAGCCUUUAUGUGGGCAGUGAUUACAGACUGAACUUCAGAAUUGGGUUGAUACAACAGACAGAUGGAGAUAUAAUUGCUUCCUGGGAUAGUCCCUGUAGGAAGAUGUGGAAGAAAAAGGAACACUGAAUCCUCUUGAAGGAAAAGAUCUGGGCCUUGAUUUAGACCUGGGCCAAGGACCUGGACUUCUGCCAUUCACGACAAAGCCAGGGGCUGGCGAUGGGAUAGCAGCGAGCGAGGUUUGGGCUAACAUUAAACUAGCAGCAGGCAAGCAGGGGGCUACUCAAGGCAAUUCCUGAACUCUGGUGAAUACUAAAUGAUCUUCUGAAGCUCUGCUACUGCAUCUACUGUGAGCACCGUGGUCCUACUCCUCCAUCUCCACAGUGUACGUCCUUUCAAAGCAGCUGCACCCCUUCAAAUCACUGUGCACAACAUUUCAAGAUGUAGUCCUUGAUCCUUCUUAGGAUGGGGACAUCCUCUCUGACAAUCCAAAGAUUUUAACCAGUGGUCUCUUGGAAAGAAUCUAAACAAUCAUGGAAAUGCUGUUAUUUUUCCUCAUUUUGAUAAUCCACUGUGGGAGUGGCACUGUGUACCCAGCAUUUGUUUUGUUUUCUAAAUUUUCAGUAGUUUGUACCUCAACAGGGCAAAAUGUCAUUCAAUAGUCAGUCUCUUUAGUUUGGUUUUAGAGAUCAACUUUCUUUGUGAUGGCACCAACACAAAAUGAGAUUGCAUAUAAAGGGGGGGCAACAAAAAGUGCUAGGACUGUUUGUGUCUAUGAGCAGUAGCCAAUGUGUUUUCCUGGAGCUGUCAGGGUCCUACUGUUUCACAUAACCCAACCUCUGCAAAUUUUGGGACAAAAUGACACAACUGGUUAAUUAUUCUACACUUAUCAUUUUUCUGUCCUUAUUUUAAAUAAUAUCCAUCAGAGAGGCCUAUGUAGCUCAGCUCAUCACAGCAUACACUAUAAUACAAAGUGUUCCCAGUCUCCUUGUCCUCCACAGACAGUAAAUCCUUUUAUGUCGAUAACUCCAGAAAGCACUAUUUUAGGAAAGAAUCAAAGAUUCACAGUGGAUGCUACUCCAUCAUAUAAUCUGCUCUGAAAGUCACUUUCUGUUAAUGGGUGAUGUAUUCUAUUCAGAAAAUGUACUUUGUAUUGUUUCCUGUUCUAUAGUGUUUGGAUAUAAAUAGAAGGGAUCAAGUCUUUUUUUAAUAUAUUUAAAGUGAUAUUGUGAAACUCUGUCAGAACACAUGCACAGAGGCUGUUACUUGACCUCUUCCCCAAAUUAAAAAAACAAGACCGCUGUUGAAACUGAAAGGUUGAUGGGAGGCACACUUUGUGAGACUUUUUUGGGAAGGGACUGUAAGGACACUUUCGUUAAAUCACUAAAGAUGACAGAAACAGAUGAGGAUCGCUUUUUUCACUGUUUGAACAUGAAGCCAUUAUAAAAUAACUUGUCUUAGUCAAACAGAAUGAUGGCAGGAACCCUCUUCAGACCAUCAAGAUUUCUAUAUGAGACUAAGAGGAUUUCUUUGUUAAUGUUAUAAAUUGUUAUUUAUGAGUACAUUGUACAUGUACAUAAUGAAUAUAAUGACAUAUGUGCCUGGAACUUUGAGAGAUGCACAACUGUAUGUGUUUAAAUAUAUAUGUCUGUGCCCAGAGGGAGGGUCGGUCUGUCUGUGUGUGUGGUUUUCAAAGGUCUUGCUGAGUACUGGGAUCGCAUACGCAUAUGAUAAAAAGCAGCCUUCUCCCAUCUAUUCUGUCCUGUCCUUUUCUUUCUCAGAAGGAGGCGCUCUUCUAUAACAUGGAGGAGGAAAGAAAAAAAAAAAAAAACUACAAUGUUUGAAUUUUGAAAUGUUUCAUUUUGUGGCCACCACAGAAACAAUAAA